AUGCUGCAUCCCGAUGCUCCUCCUGCAGAUCCCCUCCAUGUUACCCUAUAUUAUGAUAGAGAUGAUAAUGAAAUCUAUCAGCAUGCAUUCUAUCAGCACCUAGAAGGGACUCAAUGGGAUAUUUCAUCCAGUUGCAUUCUGCUAGGGAAAGAAGGUGUGGCGGGUAUUGUUGAACUAACUGCAGAACAGUUGGAAUGGUAUGAGAUGUCUGAAGAAGCUAUACCUCAUGUCACAUUGGCCGUGCAUGCUGAAUAUCAGGCCAAGGAUCUGGGACCUAUGUCCAAACGCUUGAUGGUUCUAAUGGACUGGGUGUGGACUCAAUAUUCACCAUCAGAGGAAGCCUACAGAAUUAUGUACAGAACAACUGACAAGGUACUGCUGGAACAUAGGCAGAUUGAAAGGUUUCAUGGCAGGGAAAAAACAGACCAUCCGCAGGCUGCAGCGAUGCUUGAUACUCUACCAGACACCUUGUGGUCAGCAGGUUCAACGGACGUUGGUCACUGCAAACACGUCACACCGAUCACAUUCGAUUUAAUAGACCACACUCCGAUUUGGCAGAGACAAUACUCACACAAACCAGAGACUGAAGCCGGCAUUGCUGACACAAUUGAAGGAUUGUUAACAGCAGGGGUGCUAGAACCCUCCCAGUCUGCCUGGAACACUCCUAUCUUACCUGUAGAGAAGCAGAAUACAGGUAAAUAUAGGAUGGCGCAUGGUCUUAGACGGAUCAAUAGUGUCGUUUCUACUCCAACAGUUCCAGUUCCAAACCCUUACACUGCGAUGUCUGUGCUGACCCCUGACCAUAAGUGGUUCUCGUGCAUUGAUCUGGCUAACGCGUUCUUCUGUUUGCCCCUAGCUGACAUUUUUUCGUACACUUACAAAGGCCAACAACUACUUAAUACAAGGGUCCUGCAAGGGUUCAUUUUGUCGCCUGGGGUGUUUAAUCAGGUACUGAAACAGCAGCUGAAGAAUCUGACGCUCCCAAAGGGGGUGGCAUUGAUCCAGUAUGUGGAUGACAUUUUUUUGGCAGCAACCGACCAUGUUUCUUGUUUGGAAGCCACAAAGUUGUUGCUGCUUCACCUGUAUAGCGUCGGUUUCAAAGUUUCACGGGCUAAAUUGCAAUGCUGCAGACAAAUGGUGAUUUUUCUGGGUAGAGUUAUUUCCGCUAAGGGUACAGUCACUGUAAAAGACAUGCUCUCACUUCUUGGGUUCGCAGGAUACAGCAGACAAUUCGUUGCAUCAUAUGGGGAGCUCACUUUCCCUCUAAGGGCCAUGGUAAAUAAGCAAGGCAUGAGAAAUUUGUCGGCCCAUUUGCAGUGGACCACGGAGGCAGACGAAAGUUUCAUAUCUCUUAAACAGGCCUUAACGCGGACUGCUGAUUUAGCGGUCCCGGAUUACAAAGAGCCAUUUUUCCUCGAUAUUUCUGAAAAAUUACACACAAUAAAUGGUGUUCUUUUUCAGAAAAAAGGGGGAGCCAGGCAGGUGCUGAUGUAUGUAAGUGUUACCCUUGACCCAAUAGAGGACAGACACCUGCCAUAUACAAGACAUGCAGUAUGGGUAGCAAAUAUUCUCCAAAAGGUAGCACAUAUAGUCAUGGGCCAUUCACUAACAGUACUGACGACACAUAGUAUAGUGGCCUAUGUGAACUCAAUAGCCUUUACAAUGACGUCACUGCGGCAAACCAGGUUAGAGAAAAUCCUGAAUGCACCACAUAUAAUUUUUACACACAAAAGAAUUAACAUGGCUGACAACCUGGGAGAAGGAGAGCCACACAUGUGUGAGGAAAGGGUACAGAGAGACGCCAAAGUUAGGGCAGAUUUACAGGCAAUUCCACUAGUAGACCCAGAAGAAGUGCUGUUCACAGAUGGUUGCUGUUACAGACAUCCAACUGAAGGACUUAAAGCAGCCUAUGCAGUGGUGCGACAGACAAGUGAGGGAUUUGAGGAAGUGUUGACAGGAAAAGUGACAGGCAAAGAAUCAGCCCAGUUGGCUGAACUACAGGCAAUGAUAGCUGCGUUAGAAUGGUCAGAGGGAAAAAGAGUAAAUAUCUACACUGACUCUGCAUAUGUUGCAGGGGCUAUACAGGUAGAACUCAGUCAAUGGAUCAGGGCAGGAUUCUUAACAGCAGCAAAAACCCCAAUUAAACAUGAAAAAGAUAUGAAAAGAUUAGCGGAGGCCCUAAUGAAACCUGCAAAAGUGACGGUGGUCAAGUGUAGAGGACAUGAUAAAGCAGAUACAGUAGUAGCGAAGGGCAAUCAGGAAGCAGACUCAGCAGCUAAGAAAGCAGCAGGGUAUACAGCACAGUAUAUAAUGAUGCAAACAGAGAGAACAGUGUAUGACCUGCUGCCCGCUUGCGAUGCAAAUGUGUUAAUAAAAGAGCAGCAGAAAGCCUCUCCUCAUGAACUGACAGUAUGGAGAGAGAGAGGGGCCACAGAGUCAGAAGGGAUUUGGAGGUUACCGGACGGUAGACCAGUGCUACCCCCAGGUUUGAUAGCUUCCAUGCUCCAGGAAGCUCAUGGGUUGACACAUUGUGGAAAAACACAGAUGCAGAGGUAUCUGACACAUUGGUGGCAUCCGUUCUUGCCAGCAAUAAUUGAAAAUUACAUCAGAGAAUGUAGAACGUGUACAGAAUAUAAUGUGACAGCAACAGUGAAACCACACGAGGGAAAAUUCUCUCUCCCAAGAAUGCCAGGUCAGGAAAUAGUGAUUGACUACACUGACAUGAUAGAGAGAGUAAACGGAUACCGGUACCUUUUGGUAGCAGUGGAUGCAUACACUGGUUGGCCAGAAGCGAUACCUGCAAAGAAGGAAGACGCAAAAACAGUGAUCAAAUUCUUGAUAAACCAAUACAUUCCAAUGCAUGGGUUUCCAAAGAGAGUCAGGUCAGAUAAUGGCACACAUUUUAAGAACAAAGACCUGCAAGAAGUUGAAACAGCUUUCGGACUGAAACAUGCAUUUGGAACAGUGUACCAUCCUCAGUCACAGGGAAAAGUGGAAAGAAUGAAUCAGUCCAUAAAAGGAAAAAUAGGAAAAGUGUGUGCACAAACAAAGUAAAGCUGGGUGGAUGCCCUACCCUUAGCUUUAAUGUCCAUUAGAAGCUCAGUAAACUCUAUUACAGGGUUCACCCCGUACGAGCUAACAACAGGGCAGCAGUUCCCGGGACCAGGAGCUGGAAUACAGAUGUUAGAGGGAGGAGGAGCCUCUCUAAGGUACAAACCUUACUAUGACCAACUAACAGCUCUGGUGUCAGCUUUCUCCAAACAGGUUGGAUCGGAAAAGGGGGACCUACAGAGCCAGGCGCCAUCUACCACAGACUGGGUCCUGUUGAAGGGGAUCAAACGGAAGUGGUCGGAGCCAAGGUGGACAGGACCUUAUAAGGUGGUGGAGAGGACAUCUCAUGCAGUCAGACUACAGGGGAAAGGAGAAAGCUGGUACCAUUGGAGACAGUGUGCAGCCACGGAACCGCCAACAAGAACUCUAGAACAACUAAGAACAGAAAAAGAGUAG